AUGGACCCCCUUUCCCACGCUCCCCCCCCCCCCGCUGCACCCCUUGGCGCGCGCUCACCCGCUCUCGGCCGCACGACCCCGCCCGGCACCAACCGGAAGCGGAUUCGCGCUGGGGCUGCUGGGAAUUGUAGUUCGGGCUGUGUGCUGCUCCCUGCACCCGAAAUAGCCAUGUACCCCCCCGCAUCCCAAAUAGCCAUGUACCCCCCGCACCCGGAGCCCCCCGAGACGGCUCCGGCAUGGGCGCGGGCACGGGGCAGCGCAACAGUUAAGCGCAGGAGGCUGCACCGGGGCUGCGAGGAAGAGGAAAUCUCAGCAGGAACAAGGACAAGGAAAGGCCCAGGGCAGGGGCCGGAGGCGCAGCCGGGACGUGCCGGGAGCCCCGAGCGUGGCACCGGGACGAGCCCCGGCGACGGGCGCUGCUGGCGCGGGCAGGAGGCAGCCAGGAUGGAAAAGCCCCCACAGCCCACAGAGGGCGAAGAGGAAGAGGAGGACGAGAAGGAUGAGGAUGAUGAGAACAUGGCGGGGGACAUUGAGGGCGUCCUGCGCUAUGAGGAGCGCAUCGCCGGGCUGCUGGCCACGGUGGCACGGCUGCACCGGAGAGCAGAGCAGCUCCAGUGCUGCACCAGCAGGGAGGAUGAGGACGGCUGGGAGGGCACCACCAGCCUCCCCGCUGCCAGCCCACAGCAACAGCGCCUCGGCGGCACACUCGGUACCGCCGCGGGUCUGGGAGCUCACGGCCCCGACCUCUUCGCGGACCUGCAGCACGUCGUGAGCUCGCUGGAACGCACCGUCUUCUCCCGGCACCGGCACCGGCACCAGCACGCACCGGUGUGGCCUAUGCCCAGCGAGGAGUGGGCACGAGCAGCCAAGAGCCUGGAGGAGCUGGACCGGAGCCCGGGAUGGGCCGGGAGGGCGGUGGGACAGGCUCUGGAGGAGGGAGCUGUGGAGGAAGCGGCGGUGGCAGCAGCGGCGUCGAGGAACGCGGCGCUACGGGCAGCCCUGGGGCACCGCGACGAGGAGCUGUGCCGGGCCACGGCGGCGCUGCGGGCGCUGCGGGGUGAGCGCGACCGGCUGCAGCACAAGGUCCGGGACCUGCGGGAUGCUCUGUCCAGGCUGGAGGAGCCGGGGGGCUCCGGCAGCGACACCGCCGGGCUCGGCAGCCCCCCGCUGCACGGGGAACCCCAGGACUUGCUCCAGUGUGGUGAUGAUGCUCAGCCCCACAGCCCCCUUUCCCCCCAACCCUCGGAGGGUCCCAGCCAAGAGCAGGAGGAGCGGGUGCAGCAGCUACAGGGGUCCCUGGCAAGGCUGCAGGAGGUGAACCGGGAGCUGGCGGCCGCGCUGCAGGACUGCAAGAGCAACGCGGAGCGGCUCAGCAUGGUGCUGGGGCAGCACGAGUCCCGCAGCACCGCGCUGCGCCUGGCCCUGCGCUGCAGCGAGCGCUGUGGGGGGGCGUAUGCCGCCCUCCUCGACCUGAUGUGGGCAAAGCUGCACCGGGAGGAGGAUGGGGCCAGGGGAGGAGCCGUGGGGCAGCAGAGCCCGGGGCAUGGAGGGGGGUCCAGCCCCACGCCAACAGAGGGGCCACAGCUCCAGUGCCGAGCGGAGCCGGAUGGGCAGGAGGAGAGUGGGGACAGCAGCUCCACCACACUGCAGAGCACCCCAGCACUGCACGGGAUGGAGGAGGGGGCCCUGCGCGAGCACAUCCACCGGCUGCGCGCGGAGCAGGCGGCAGUGGAGGCUUCUCUGCAGGACACCCCAGCACCCAGCAGCACCCACCACAGCGAGGACGCCCGGGCCCGUGCCGAGCGGGUGCUGUGGGAGGCCCGGGCUCAGCUGCCCGGCUGGAGGCGGCUGGAGAAAGCGGAGCUGCUGCAGGAGCUGGUGAUGCUCAAGGAGGCCAUGGCCGACCUGAAGACACGGUUGCAACUGGUGGAGAGGGAGAAGCGGGGUCUGGAGGUGCUGGUGGCCGCGCAGGGCCCGCGGGAGGCUGCACUGCGCCUGGUGCUCCAGCAUCUGCAGUGGGAGCAGGAUGAGGGGUCCGGCCGCCCCCCCAGCAGCUCCAGCAGCAGCGAGGAGGAUGCCCAAAGUGGCUGGGUGGGAGCAGCAGCUCCCCAGCACCCUCCAGACUCAGCGAGGGUGGGUGAAGAGCUGCUCCAUACCCUGACCCGGACGGAGGAGCUGCGUGCCCGGGCGCGGGCCCUGGUGCAUGCCCUGGAGCAGAGCAGCGCCAUCAGCCGCGCGCAGCAGGCGCAGUGUGUCACCGUCACCGCAGACUUCUUCCACGCUCACAGCGCGCUGGCCCUGGCGUACCGCGGCGCCCGGCGGAAGCAGGCGGCUCAGCUGCGGCGGCUGGAGGGGCAGGCGGGGGCCCUGCGCAGGCAGCACGCCCGGCGGGCGCAGGCGCUCACCCGCAGGCUGCACAGCCUGGAGCAGGGCACGGCCGGCAGCGAGACCUGCAUCUAGAGACCCCCAGAGACCCCCCCCCGCGCCGGCAGGACCCCGCUGUAUCCCCAGGGAGAAUAAACCACUGAUGCUCAUGGCUCAACCGCC